AGUUUGUCACCACCCAGGCUCCCUAGCCUCUGGCUGGGUGCAACUUCCAUUUUAGGUGUUGGAUCUGAGAGAAAAAAAAAAGAGGGAGAGAGAGAAAGAAGAGCAGGAAAGAUCCUGAAAGGAGGAAGAGGUGGCGAAAAAUCAACAACCUUGCUGGAUUUGUCUUUCUCAGAACAUUGACGAAGCCUUGGUUUUCUUUCUUAAAGGACGGGUUUUUAGAAGUCCACAUUUGAGGGCAGAAUUGGCCAUUUGAAUGUCUACCCCGCUGAAGGUCAGCCAAAUCUGCAGCUCUCUUCUUCCUGCUUCCUCCUUGCUGUGGUGGCUGGGAUGCUUCUCCCAUGAUAUUUUGAAUCUAGACUGGGCUGUUCUCUGUUAAACCAAUCAGUUACGACCUUCUCUAAACAGUGUGAAGUGAGGGGGGCCUUCUCCCUCCUUCCUCCUCCCCCUGUGAUCCACCUUCCCUUUUUACCCUGCCCUGCGGCGGCUCUGCCCCUUACCUUCAUGGACGACUCAGAGGUGGAGUCGACCGCCAGCAUCUUGGCCUCUGUGAAGGAACAAGAGGCCCAGUUUGAGAAGCUGACCCGGGCGCUGGAGGAGGAACGGCGCCACGUCUCGGCGCAACUGGAACGCGUCCGGGUCUCACCACAAGAUGCCAACCCGCUCAUGGCCAACGGCACCCUCACCCGCCGGCAUCAGAACGGCCGGUUUGUGGGCGAUGUUGACCUUGAGCGACAGAAAUUUUCAGAUCUAAAACUCAACGGACCCCAGGAUCACAGUCACCUUUUGUAUAGCACCAUCCCCAGGAUGCAGGAGCCAGGGCAGAUUGUGGAGACCUACACGGAGGAGGACCCUGAGGGAGCCAUGUCUGUUGUCUCUGUGGAGACCUCGGAUGAUGGAACCACUCGGCGCACAGAGACCACAGUCAAGAAAGUAGUGAAGACUGUGACAACACGGACAGUCCAGCCAGUCCCUAUGGGACCAGAUGGGCUGCCUGUAGAUGCCUCAUCAGUUUCAAACAACUAUAUCCAGACUCUGGGUCGUGACUUCCGCAAGAAUGGCAACGGGGGCCCUGGCCCCUAUGUGGGGCAAGCAGGCACUGCUACCCUUCCCAGGAACUUCCACUACCCUCCUGAUGGAUAUAGCCGCCACUAUGAAGAUGGUUAUCCAAGUAGCAGUGACAACUAUGGCAGUCUGUCCCGGGUGACCCGCAUUGAGGAGCGGUAUAGGCCCAGCAUGGAAGGUUACCGGGCACCCAGUAGACAGGAUGUCUAUGGGCCCCAGCCACAGGUUCGGGUAGGUGGGAGCAGUGUGGAUCUGCAUCGUUUUCAUCCAGAGCCUUAUGGGCUCGAGGAUGACCAGCGUAGCAUGGGCUACGAUGACGUGGAUUACGGCAUGAUGUCUGAUUAUGGCACUGGCCGUCGGACUGGGACACCCUCUGACCCUCGGCGACGCCUCAGGAGCUAUGAAGACAUGAUUGGUGAGGAGGUACCAUCAGACCAGUACUAUUGGGCUCCUUUGGCCCAGCACGAACGGGGAAGUUUAGCGAGCUUGGAUAGCCUGCGCAAGGGAGGGCCUCCACCCCCAAAUUGGAGACAGCCAGAGCUGCCAGAGGUGAUAGCCAUGCUAGGAUUCCGUUUGGAUGCUGUCAAGUCCAAUGCAGCUGCAUACCUGCAACACCUGUGCUACCGCAAUGACAAGGUGAAGACUGACGUUCGGAAGCUCAAGGGUAUCCCAGUACUGGUGGGCUUGUUAGACCACCCCAAGAAAGAAGUGCACCUUGGCGCCUGUGGAGCUCUCAAGAAUAUCUCUUUCGGGCGUGACCAGGAUAACAAGAUUGCUAUAAAAAACUGUGAUGGUGUUCCUGCUCUUGUGCGAUUACUCCGAAAGGCUCGUGAUAUGGACCUCACUGAAGUUAUUACUGGAACCCUGUGGAAUCUUUCAUCCCAUGACUCAAUCAAAAUGGAGAUUGUGGACCAUGCACUGCAUGCCUUGACAGAUGAAGUGAUCAUUCCGCAUUCUGGUUGGGAGCGGGAACCUAGUGAAGAUUGUAAGCCGCGCCACAUUGAGUGGGAGUCCGUGCUCACCAACACAGCUGGCUGCCUUAGGAAUGUCAGCUCGGAGAGGAGUGAAGCUCGCCGGAAACUUCGGGAAUGUGACGGUUUGGUGGAUGCUCUCAUUUUCAUUGUUCAGGCUGAGAUUGGACAGAAAGAUUCAGACAGCAAGCUUGUGGAGAACUGUGUUUGCCUCCUUCGGAACUUGUCGUAUCAAGUUCACCGAGAAAUCCCACAAGCAGAACGUUACCAAGAGGCACCUCCCAAUGUUGCCAACAGUACUGGGCCACAUGCUGCCAGUUGCUUUGGGGCCAAGAAGGGCAAAGAUGAGUGGUUCUCCAGAGGGAAAAAACCCACAGAGGAUCCAAUAAAUGAUACAGUGGAUUUCCCUAAAAGAACUAGUCCUGCUCGAGGCUAUGAACUUUUAUUUCAGCCAGAGGUGGUUCGGAUAUACAUCUCACUCCUCAAGGAGAGCAAGAAUCCUGCCAUCCUAGAAGCCUCAGCAGGGGCCAUCCAGAACUUGUGUGCUGGGCGCUGGACGUAUGGUCGAUAUAUCCGCUCAGCUCUGCGUCAAGAGAAGGCUCUUUCUGCCAUUGCUGACCUCCUGACCAGUGAACAUGAGCGGGUCGUGAAAGCUGCCUCUGGAGCCCUGAGAAAUCUGGCUGUGGAUGCUCGCAACAAAGAAUUAAUUGGUAAACAUGCUAUUCCUAACUUGGUAAAGAAUCUGCCAGGAGGGCAACAGAGCUCUUCCCAGAAUUUCUCUGAGGACACUGUGGUCUCUGUUUUGAAUACCAUCAAUGAAGUUAUUGCUGAGAACUUGGAGGCUGCCAAAAAGCUUCGAGAAACACAGGGUAUUGAGAAGCUGGUUUUGAUCAACAAAUCAGGGAACCGCUCAGAAAAAGAAGUUCGAGCAGCAGCGCUUGUAUUACAGACAAUCUGGGGAUACAAGGAACUGCGGAAGCCACUGGAAAAAGAAGGAUGGAAGAAGUCAGACUUUCAGGUGAAUCUAAACAAUGCUUCUCGAAGCCAGAGCAGUCAUUCAUAUGAUGAUAGCACUCUCCCUCUCAUUGACCGGAACCAGAAAUCAGAUAAGAAACCUGAUCGGGAAGAAAUUCAGAUGAGCAGUAUGGGAUCAAACACAAAAUCAUUAGAUAACAACUAUUCCACACUGAAUGAGAGAGGAGACCACAAUAGAACACUGGAUCGAUCUGGGGAUCUAGGCGAAAUGGAGCCAUUGAAGGGAACGCCCCUGAUGGUAAAUUCUCUUUAUAUACUAUUGUCCUUCUGAGGCUAGUUCUGUUUUGAAGCCUGCAUGUUCUGUGAAAUAGGAAAAAAGGACUUAGUGAAAGACAGCACCUUUCCUUGUAGGGGUUUUCAGGGGAAAAGUAGGAGUUUUGACUCACAUUGGGAUUUCUGGUGCCAUUGUUCUGCGAUGGUCGAGAUGGGAGAAAGAAGGCUAUAAAUACGUUGCUUGUGUGGCUAGCGCCAGCUGACCUGUCCUCGCGUCGCUCCCUUUCUGUGCCUGCCUUUGUUUGAAUAUCUUGCCCUUCACUUACUAUUACCUUGUUUUGUUUGAGUUUACGAAUCUGGGGAUUUUCCCUAGAUCUGGCACGCACUCAUGUUUUCUUACUCUCAUACUAACACAUUGCAUGUGUUCACAGCAGGACGAGGGGCAGGAAUCUCUGGAGGAAGAGGUGGAUGUGUUGGUUUUGGAUGAUGAGGGGGACCAAAUGUCUUACCCCCCCAUGGUACGUCCUUCAGCCACCCCCAAGAUCAUCCUUGAGGAGGAGGUCUCUGUGCCAGCAGUUUGCCAAUCAUGCUGAUCUGAUCAGUCAGCCGCACGGGGCUUAGGGGUGCUGCUUCUGUGAUUGUUACCUCUUAAGAGGCUGGGACGUGCCGCUGGUGAUCUGAUUCUCCAUUAUGUGCUGCUUUCUUCCCUUCAGAUUUGCUCAGCUCUCUUUUGGUUCUCCUUAUUCCCAACCCUAUUAACAUCUCUUUCUCUUUUUUCCCUACAGCAGAAGAUUUAGCACCACUCUCUCCGCUACAUCUGGGCUUAUAAUAUAUGUACUUUUAUUUUUUGGUGGUGAAAUGGACUGAUGAUUUUUCCCUUUCUUCGCUGGACUGUUGUGCCCACUGCCACACUGCCUCCUGCCCUUGUAGCCCUAAGUGGCUGCCUUCUUUCCAUCAACUCCCCAACUUCUUCCAGUGAAGCUUAAUUGUCCCUCCUCCCCCCUCCAGAUCCCCUGCAAUUACUCCCAAGAAGCCUGACUCAGUUAUAUGCAUAUCUUGAGAGACUGCUGCAGAUUAGCUCUUUUUGCCAGCUCUCCCUGGAACUCUUGGCCUUGUGUGGAGGGAGGGAGAGAGUGGGAAUCCUCACUGGAAGCUAUGGGAAGAAUUGGAAGUUAUACGCUAUAUAUGCAGUGUCCAGCAAUCUGAUAAACCCAUGAUUCUUAAGCAAGAUUUUUCUUCUCUUGGUGGGGAAGGGACCUUUACUUUUUUGGAGAGUGGAGGGCGUGAGCUCUUCCUUUAUUCCUAAUGACUAUUUUUGAAGCAAAGACGGCCGGCGACAUUGGCACAUACCACUUGGCAAGGGCCCUUGAGCAAGUGAAGGUUUCCUAGAGCGGAGAUUAAGAAACCUUGCCCUCCUCAUCUCCAGGGCAGGGACCAUCAAGGACCUACAGACUCCAUCUCUUCUCCAAGCCUCAUGCCAGCCCUGGGCUGCAGCUGCUGCCCCUUACUGAGGCUGUCCUUAACCCUCCUCUCCCAUCCUGUGAUAAUAAUGUCUGCUGACUUGGCCUGGCCAUUUUCAAGAGGCUGUAGAAAGAGGAGAAUAUGUCAAGGAAGACUUCUUGGGUGAGAAGGAGCAGAAAGAUGUCUUCUGGGGAGAAGAGCCUCUAGGAGGAGCGAGUAGGAAUGUACAUGAAUCAUUUAGUCUGAAACUGUCAGGAAGCUACAAAGCUGGCUUCCCCCUGCCCUUAUUUCUCCUUUUUCUCACCCUUAUAGCCCCAUCCUCCCCUGCUUCCUCCCUGGAUUGGUUGGCUGACUAAAGGACUUGAUGUACAUACUCCUGCCCCCUUUACCCUUAAAAAGGUGGGGUUCGCCCCUGGCUUUGCCUCUUCUUUGUGCCUUUGGCCUGGGGUGCAUCUCCUCCUUCCCUUCCAUGUGCCUUUCUUUGCCUCUGCAGUCUCAUUUCUCAUGAUUUUGCAAAUUAUAUUUUGUUGCUUUCUUACCUACUUCUUGGCCCUAAAUAGCAGAAAGAAGAGGAGAGGUGACCUAGAGAACCUCAGUCUCUCCACUGGGAAUUGGAAUAGCCUCUAAUUUUAGCCAUAGAAGGUUUUUCUCAACUGUAUAUGUUGGGAUUUUGCAAAAAUCCUGUUCUGAUGAACCUCCAAAUGAGAUUGGUGGGAGGAGUGAGUGGUGUGACUCUUGCUCCUUAGUUGCGCAGAAUGAUUGUCAUCUCUGAAGGGGUUAUAGGGAAGUCGUGUCCAUAUCCCCCUCCCCGACCACCCCCCCACCCCUGUUCCUCCUCCUUUUAGUUUAGUGUAUAUUAGCAGGUUGGGCUAGAGGAAUCAGCUGCUAUGCGGUUGAUUUUUUUUGUUUUUUUUUUUUAACCCUUUCCCUUAUUUGCCUUUUACUCCUCCCCUUAAUCUAAAAGCUCUGUUUAAUGCAACUGGAAAUCUUUAUGCUCCUCUCUCCCCCUUCCUUUAUAUAUUGAGGCUUUGGGGUAGGAGAAAAGUGCACAACCCCCCACCCGCCUUCCCUCUGCAUUAGAAUUCCUUAUUUACCCCUUUUCCCCUUCACAUUUCGUCCCACUCCUUUUCCGGCAAAAAGGAGCCUUUUCCUUUCUGUGACCCUGAGAGCAUACUGCACAGGGGAGAUCGCCCCCAUCCAGAUGUGGCUCCACUCUUGGUUUCUCUUGUCUUCUUCUGCUCUUUUCCUGGUGCUCUUUUUGUCGGUGGGGUGUGGGUAAUAGAACAGCCAUGGGCUUUUGGGGACCUUUAACUGUUUUUUCCUUUUCAUUUAUAAAAACACUAAACGUUCAAUUUCAGAGAACCAAAAAUCCCACCUUCCCACCGAACACUACUAAGGGGCAUGUCUUCUGCUCCAUACCUUUUCUGUUUUUCUUUCUCUCUUGUUAAUGCUUUUAAAAACAAAUGAGUUUUUUUAUAUAAAUAAAGUUUUUAAAGUGUG